AUGGUCGACCUGUACAACGGCUACUGCGCUACUGCCAACGUAGCUGUCGCUGGUGAGACCACCGCCGAGCUCGCGACUUCUACGUCGACGCCGACCGUUGCUGCAACGACAGGCCCGGUAGCGGUGACGACGGGCGCGUCCAGCACCUCUCGAGCAGUGACACCGGCUCAGGUGACGGCCUCAGGCCUUAUCACCGCCACGGCCCCUGCGGCGACACCAGAAGGCGACGACGAGGGGCUGAGCAAGUCGGACAUCCUAGCCAUGGCUGUGGCCCUAGGGAUCGGGAUACCGAGCCUGGUCAUCGGCGUGGCGACGUUGUGCCUGAUGAGGAGGAAGAGGAGGCAGCACGAGGCUGGCGCGAUGGCGGCUGCGCAUGGGGCCAGCGCGGGCGGUCACUUGCUUGGAACGCAGCAGGGCGAUCAGAUGACGGGGAGUCGGUAUGAGAUGAUGCAGGCAGAGGGCCUGAACGCGCCGAGGGUAGUGCAGGGGAGAUAUCAGUAUUGA